AUGCUACGGCGUAUAUUAAGACAAACGACUCUCUUCUGUGACUGUUUUUCUCCCCAUCGUUCCCGUCGUGCUGUUAUCACGGGAGCAACAUCUGGGAUUGGUCUAGCCGCAGCACAUGAGCUUUCACGUCGAGGAUGGAAUCUUAUUCUCGCUUGUCGAAACCUUGAAGCUGGAUUGGCCGUCCAAAAAUCCCUUUUAGAGCUUUAUAAACCCCCCUCCAUCGAAGUUCAUCAUCUGGAUCUCGCUGAUCUCUCCUCUAUAACUCAAUUUGCUGGAAAGUUAUCUCCAAUUGAGUCCAUUGAUGUAUUGAUUAAUAACGCUGGAAUAAUGUCAGGUAGUCGCGUUGUCGUUCCUAGUCUUCAAGUUGACACUAAUAUGCUUGUCAACUUUAUUGGCCAAUUCUGCCUCUUUCAAGAACUUCUCCCCUUCCUUAAAAGUAGCCCUGAGCAACCUUCUUCCUUGCCUCGGGUCAUUUUUGUUAGUUCAGCUCUUGGUGCCCGUGGAACAAUACAUACUUUCAAUUCAAAUCCCUUUCUGAAAUGUCUUCCCCAGGAAUCCUGGAAUGCUCAAGCAUCGUAUGCAAACUCGAAACAAGCUCUCAAUCUCUGUGCUCAAGAAAUUGCAAGACGUUUUGGAGAGGGAUCUAGCCGUUCUCUGAAUGUCUACACAGUGAUCACUGGUGGAAUGGUUAAUACUAAUCUCAAUCGGGAUAUUCUAAUGGAUUUACCAUCUCCGGCUAGAUGGUUUCUUCGGCGUCUUUCUGGACUUGUGCUUAAGACGCCUAAAGAGGGCUGUCAAAGUAUAAUCCACUGUGCCAUUAGCGAAAAUGUUUACGGAGCUCAUUUGUUGGAUGAAAGUGAAAUGGAUUUGAAUCAAGGUAGUGGUCGUCUCUAUCGAAACUGUUGUCCUGUUGAAUGGCCGGACUCCUCUCAAUCUGUUAAACUUGCCGCAUCGAUUUAUUCAGAGGUGGAUUCUAUUUAUCGUAAAUACAGAAAAUAG